UGAUGUGAUCGUCUUCUUGUCAUUUUUAUGGAGGCAAAAAAAAUUUAUACUAUAUGACAACCCAUAACUCUGUUUAGCUUAGCUAAACCUAAACGUGUUAAAAUAAUUAAGGAAAAAUAUUUCUAUUUUUAAAACAAUAAACUCUUACCUGUACGCAACCAAAUUAAACACUAAAACUUAUCUGUGAUCAACUUAUUAUGGCUAUGUAUAAAUCUUCCUUCUCUUUCUUUUUGUCCAAUUUAUGUACAGAGAAUUCUAAGUUUUUUUACCAUCCAACUUGCAUCAUCUUGGUUUAACCCCAAAGAUAUUUUGCAAUCAUAAUAACUUUUUUUUUUCUUUCCCCAGCCUAAUCUCUGUGUUGAUGACUAUGUAGGUUCAGGAAGCGUAGGCAGUUCUUUCCUUCUUGUUCGUCUCAUCACCAAGUAGAGGACGAUGAAGCGUGGGAAAGGCGAGAAAAAGGCAACAAAGAGCCGAGAUGGCAGUGGUCAAGUAGUUCCGCUCACUGAACCGGUGGUUGUAGCUACGGGUAUGGUUGGAACAAGAUCAUGGAUAGGAGGGCUCUUCACACGCUCCAAUAGACGUCAAGACAAGUCAUCAGUCGAUUACACUUUGUCCCCUCUUCAGGAGGAAAGACUUCAAAGACUGCAAGACCGUAUGGUUGUACCUUUCGACGAGACACGAACUGAUCAUCAGGAAUCACUAAAAUCAUUGUGGAAUGUCGCGUAUCCGAAUGUUAGUCUCACGGGUUUAGUAACAGAACAGUGGAAAGAAAUGGGAUGGCAAGGUCCCAAUCCAUCUACCGAUUUCAGGGGUUGCGGAUUUAUCGCUCUAGAGAAUUUGCUAUUUUCUGCAAGAACUUAUCCGGCUUGUUUCCGGAGGCUGUUGUUCAAACAAAGAGGCGACCGGGCAAAGUGGGAGUACCCUUUUGCGGUGGCCGGAAUCAACAUCUCCUUCAUGUUGAUCCAAAUGCUCGAUUUACAAAAUAAUGCAAAGCCGAAAUGUCUUCCAGGGAUGAAUUUUCUCAAACUCUUAGAAGAAGACGAGAAAGCAUUCGAUGUACUAUACUGUAUAGCUUUCGCGAUGAUGGAUGCUCAAUGGCUUGCAAUGCACGCUUCUUACAUGGAAUUCAAUGAAGUAUUACAGGCGACUCGGAAUCAGCUAGAGAGAGAGCUUUCUUUGGAUGAUAUUCAUCGGAUUCAAGAUCUUCCUGCCUACAAUCUUUUGUUCCAAUAGUAUUUUUUUUCUUUCUUUUUUCUAGUUUGAUUUUUUUAUGUUGUACAUUAAUUGAAAUUUAUAAACGAAAACGAAAAUGAUAAACCAAUGAAGCUCAAAAAAGUAUAAAAUGAAUGACCAUGAACAUAACACAUGUAUGUAAUAAUAAUGUUUGGUAACAGUGAUGAUGAUGGUGU